GCGAACAUCAGCAGCUCUGCCCCUUCAGUCCGUGACAGUACUGCUGUUUAACUAACCUGAAAGUGUCCAUCUGACAACACAGCUCCUACAUCUUCUCUUCCGCCCAGACUGCCGCGUCUCGUUUGGCUCGGUUCUUGCGAGUAACAUGCAGAAAAAGAAGAAGCCACAACCGAUCCAGCUUAACCCGAUUCCUGAUGGAAACACAUUCAACGGCACCGGAGCCUCAGAAACAAACUUGGAGGCGUUGCAGAAAAAGCUAGAGGAGCUCGAGUUGGAUGAACAGCAGCGGAAGCGCUUGGAGGCCUUUCUGACACAGAAGCAGAAAGUGGGAGAGCUGAAGGACGAUGACUUUGAGAAGAUAUGUGAGCUUGGGGCAGGCAACGGAGGCGUUGUCUUUAAGGUCUCACAUCGACCCUCUGGUCUGAUUAUGGCAAGGAAGCUGAUCCACCUGGAGAUUAAACCAGCCAUCAGGAAUCAGAUCAUUCGGGAGCUGCAGGUGCUACACGAGUGUAACUCCCCUUACAUUGUGGGUUUCUAUGGGGCUUUUUACAGUGAUGGAGAAAUCAGCAUCUGCAUGGAGCAUAUGGACGGAGGUUCUCUGGACCAGUCACUGAAGAAAGCAGGGAAGAUCCCCGAGCAAAUCCUUGGCAAAGUCAGCAUUGCUGUAAUUAAAGGACUUUCCUACCUGCGGGAGAAGCACAAGAUCAUGCACAGAGAUGUCAAGCCUUCUAACAUCCUGGUGAAUUCCCGAGGUGAGAUCAAGCUGUGUGACUUUGGAGUGAGCGGACAGCUCAUAGACUCCAUGGCCAAUUCCUUUGUGGGUACUCGGUCUUACAUGUCGCCAGAGCGUUUGCAGGGGACCCACUACUCGGUUCAGUCAGACAUCUGGAGUAUGGGACUGUCUCUAGUUGAAAUGGCCAUCGGACGCUUCCCUAUUCCUCCGCCUGAUUCUAAAGAGCUGGAACAGAUUUUCGGAUUCCCAGUGGAAGGGGAGGCAGCCUCAGGCGAGUCUUCCCCCAAGCCACGGCCUCCUGGCAGUUCAUGCGGACCAGACAGCAGACCUCCAAUGGCUAUAUUUGAGCUGCUUGAUUACAUUGUGAAUGAACCUCCACCGAAGCUGCCUGCAAUAUUUAGCUCUGAAUUCCAAGACUUUGUUAAUAAAUGCUUGAUUAAGAACCCUGCAGAGAGGGCCGACUUGAAGCAGCUGAUGGUGCACCCUUUUAUCAAACAGUCUGAGGCCGAGGAGGUGGACUUUGCUGGCUGGUUAUGCAGCACCAUUGGGCUCAGUCAACCUGCAACACCCACCCAUGGUACCGCAAUGUGAGAUCCCUCAUCUACUGCAAAGCUCAUAUCACAAGGUCCACUGAAGACCAAUUUGUAUUGUUCUUAAGAUGUUUAUACAGAGUAAUGUGUUUCAAAUUGCACAACCAAUAAUUGUACAUUAAGUGUACAAACUUAAAUGCCAAGUUUUAUUAUAUCAGACUAUUCUUUGGGCUAUCUCGCAGGCCUGCCUAAAAAGCCAUCUUUUUCUAAUCAAAUUUUGAGAAGUGCUGCUAAACUUGUGCUUGAUAUCGUUUAUCCCCUUCCCUCAAAUCCUUUUGUUCGCCAUAUGUUUAAGCUUUGGUCAGUUUAUGUGAUAACAGUAUUGUGAAUUAAAAGUCUGAAUGACACC